AAACAGAAACUUUGGGGAAAGGAACCCCUGGGGAAGGUGGGGCCCUGAGCUGCCUCCCGCGUCCGCACCCUGCGAGCUGCACCUGCCACCAUGAGCCGCUCCCCUCGGCCCUUGCUCCCUGGCGCCUGCGCCGCCGGCCCCCCCACAUACGAGAUGCUCAAGGAGGAGCAGGAGGUGGUGGUCGUCCGGGCGCCCCAGAGCACGGCUCCCGCGACCACCACCGUGAUCAACAUCCACGGUGACACGGUCGUGCCCGACCACGUCGUCUGGUCCCUGUUCAACACCGUCUUCAUGAACUGGUGCUGCCUGGGCUUCCUGGCCUUCGCCUACUCUGUGAAGGCCAGGGACCGGAAGAUGGUGGGCGACCUGACCGGGGCGCAGAGCUUCGCCUCCACAGCCAGGUGCCUCAACAUCUGGGCGCUGGUCCUGGGCCUCCUCCUGACUGUCACCUUCGUCAUUCUUGUGUCAACCGGCUCCCUGAUGAUUUUCGAAACAGUUUCCGAGAUGGUAAAACAUGACCAUGACGGAGGGUCGUAGUCGGCGCCGGAGGCCUCGGCGGCCGCUCCGGUCACACUGUCACCUUCAGGUCCCUCUAGCGCUGGUGUCAAUAAAGCACCUGCCUGUGA